AUGAGUAUUAGCGAGUCAACUACCAAAAUAUUUAGUUCUGCUUUCAGAGGUAUAUAAACUCCUGUAGCAAAUUCUUUUCAUUCAACUAUCAAAGAGCUUUCCAAAGAAGAUCCACAGUUUUUAUAUUAAAAAUAUCAAACUGUUCAAGAUAUUCCUACUCUUGACCUGUAUAAUGAUAAGAAAAUCAAUCUUGAUUAAUUCCAUUAAAAUCUCCAAAGAAAGUUUGACGAUCAUACAAGUAGACAACUUAGUUUCCCAAUAAGACACCAUAAUUUUGAGAAGAUGGCACCUUACCUAAGGCACUAUCUUAAUAACCAUGGAGACUCUUUCUAAGCAGAUAUUGACUAUAACAGUCUGAGAACUAGAUAAUUUGAAUAACAAGUAAUUCAUUACUUUGCCCAGCUUUAUCGAUCUCCGAAUCCAAAAUAAGUUUGGGGCUACAUGCCUUCAGGCUCCACUGAGAGUAAUUUGCAAGGAAUAUAUUUUGCGAGAGAGUAUUUUAAAAACUAUAAGCAUGUUCCAGUAUUGUACUCUUCAAAAGCCCAUUCUUCUCUUAACAAAAGCAUUUAUUACCUAAGAAUGAAUUCAUUUAACUAAAUUGCGAAAACCUUAGAUCUAAAAAUUCCAAGAGAACUAUUAGAAAGUGGCAUGAUCGACUGGCCUGAGAGAUUACCAGUAUUGGAAGAUGGUCAAGUUAACGUAGAAUAAUUUCAGUUAAUGCUUAAACCAUUUGCAGAACAUUAAAUUCCAAUUGUAAUUUCUUUAACAGCAGGCACAACAUCUGGAUCUGCUUUUGAUAAUACUAGAAAAGUUAUUUAAGCACUUCAUUCAUAUGAAUUCUACACAGACAAUAGAAAUCAUUGGAUUCAUAUUGAUGGUGCUUGGUGCGGACCGUAUGCAAGGUUUUUAGAAAUGGCAGCAGAAAAUUAAAAUUUAGGCCUGCCAAGAGAUGCAAUAAAAAAUGCAUAAUUUGAUUUCUCCUUUGAAGAAGUCAAAAGCAUCACUACAAGCAUUCACAAAUGGAUUCCAUCUCCUUUCCCAUCAUCAGUGCUCCUCAUAAGAGAUAAAACUCUGAUGCCAUCUGAUCAUCUUUAAGAGAUAUAUAUUAGAGGCUAAGAUUAUACUCUUACUACAUCUAGAAGUGGACAUGCCCCUCUAUUUACUUGGGAUUAUCUAAUGAGUAAGACUCUCAAUGAACACAUUGAAGAGGCCGUUUACUCUUACUAACUGGCAAAAUAUCUCAAGCAUUAAUUGCAAGAGAUAGAAGUAAAGUUGGGAAUCGAUUUAAAAAUUUAAUUAAGUGAAAUCGGACUGAAUAUAAGAUUCAAAAAACCUAGUGACGAAAUUUGCUAUAAAUACGCUUUAAUGGUUCUCGGAGAAGAAGCUGUUGUCUUUAUUAUGCCCGACAAAACAAAAGAACUCUGCGACAUGUUUCAAAGAGAUAUAUUUGACGAUUAAUUAUUUAAACAAUCACAACUUGAGAAAGUUCUGUGA